AUGAAGGUCGAAAUGAAGGUUACCGUGGGCAAUGAGCCUGCACCCAUUGAGCUCAUUGUCACCAAUGCCACCAUUGCCACGGCUUCAGACGUCGUCGCCAACCAAGAUAUCGCCAUAAGUGGGGGUAAGAUAGUCCUGCUCGGGCAGAACCUGACUGCCCUGUUUCCACAUGCAGCGACACUCGACGCACAAGGCGGUUACGUCCUCCCCGGCGGCAUCGACAGCCACGUCCACCUGGCGCAGGAUGACUUCCCGACGGGCGACAACUGGGAGUCAGGAACUCGAUCGGCCAUUGCAGGAGGAACAACGACUGUACUGGCAUUUGCAAGCCAAAACCGCGCCGAUGAGAGCGUCUUCCCCGUCGUCGAAGAGUACCACCGCCGCGCGAACGACGUCACGUACUGUGACUACGGCUUUCACCUCAUCCUGUCCAACCCCACCCCGCACAUCUUGGACAACGAACUCCCUGUCAUUGUCCGUGACGGCAUCAGCUCCGUCAAAGUAUACAUGACCUAUCAACCGCUGCGCCUACGCGACCGCCAGAUCCUCGAAGUCAUGGAGUCCACCCGCCGCCUGGGCAUGACCACCAUGGUCCACGCCGAGAACACGGAAAUGAUCGAGUGGAUGACGGAGAAACUGCAUGCGCGGGGUCGAACCGAGCCCUACGGCCAUGCCUUAUCCAGGCCGCCCAUCGCAGAGGACGAGGCCACCUACCGUGUUAUUGCACUGUCGGAGCUCGCCGACAUUCCGAUCCUGAUCGUGCACAUGUCUUCCAAAAAAGCAGCCGAGCACGUUCGCAACGCCCAGACACGUCUACUCCCCAUCCACGGCGAGACCUGCCCGCAGUAUCUGUUUUUCACGAGCGAUCGCCUGAAGGGAGAAGGUUUCGAGGGUGCAAAAUGCGUUUGUUCUCCUGCGCUGCGUGAAAGCCCCCUCGAUCUCCAGGGGAUGUGGGAUGGUCUCGCAAACGGGACGUUCACUACCUUUUCCAGUGACCACGCGCCAACUAAGUUUGAUCACCCGAUGGGCAAAAAAGCCGGCACGGAAACGUUCACUAAAAUCCCCAAUGGUAUGCCGGGUGUCGAGACCAGACUGCCGAGCCUGUUCUCCGGUGGUGUCUUGACGGGCCGGCUGUCAGUUCAAAAGUUCGUGGAGCUGACGAGCUCGAACCCCGCCAAACUAUACGGUCUCCAUACUAAGGGGACCAUCGCUCCGGGAUACGAUGCUGAUUUGACGAUCUGGUACCCCACUUCUGAACAGGCCGCCCAGACCGGGAAUGGCGCUAACACGAUGGAGCCUUUCCACCUGGUGAAUGAGAUGCUGCACCAUGAUAUCGACCAUACGCCGUUUGAGGGGAUGGAGUUCAAGAAUUGGCCGCGCUAUACAAUUCUCCGAGGCCAGGUGGUCUGGGACCGGGAGGGCGACGGCCUGGUGGGUCAGAAGGGAUGUGGGCGGUUUGUGAAGCGUGGACGGAGUACGUUGAGCAAGCCCAGGGAGGUGUUUGUCAACGAGUUGGAUCUUUACAACUAA